GUGGAGAGGACAGAAAGAACGUCGAGGAAAGGUUGACGUUGCAAUUACCGGUAAAAAAACCACAUCGCCAAAAGAGUAACAACGAACAGCUUGUUCUUUUCGCUGAACCGGGCAAAAGCAAUGCUCGCUGUCGUCAAAACCAUUCCCUUCUCUUUGGACAUGCAUUGAACAUCUCCCACAUUCCUUGUUUCUCCCAGAAGCCAAAGAAACCAAACUCUCUUUCGACCCAUCGCAAACAUGUCCGACGCUACGGCCGCGAGCUACAAGAAGCUCAAGGAAGACUUUGUCUCCAAUCUCUCUGGUGGCUCCGCCUCCGAAGUCAACUAUGUGACUGCAGCUGCUCCCGUCGCCGUCCUGCUGUGGUCUGUACUCCAAUCACGCCAAUCCUUCUUCAAACCCUACACGCUGUUGGGAGCUGCCGCCGAUUUCCUCCUCAACGUCACCGCCAUCCUCCUCUCCACGACUCUCUACGCCUCCUCCCCCUUGCUACUUUGCGCCCUCCUCCUCGGCCCCGCCGUCCUCAUCUACACCCUGCCUCCCAACUUCGGCGCCAGUCGCAAGAAGCCCGCUAUACCACCCAAUGCGAAGCCCAAGGCCGGCUCCGGCGCGGAGCCGCUCUCCGCUCUUCCCGUGAAGCCUUUCCUGACACACUACCGGGGUAGCAUGCUGGUCGUCACUUGCAUCGCCAUCCUCGCCGUCGACUUCCGCCUCUUUCCGCGCCGCUUCGCCAAGGUCGAGACAUGGGGAACAUCGCUGAUGGACAUGGGCGUCGGGUCCUUCGUCUUCAGCGCCGGUGUUGUUGCUGCUCGGCCCGUCUUGAAAGAGCGCGCCGAAGGUCGAUCGAUACCUCUGACGACACGUCUGCUGCAGUCGAUGCGCCACUCCUUACCGCUACUCGUCCUCGGCGUCAUCCGCUUGCUCAGUGUCAAGGGUCUCGAUUACGCCGAACAUGUCACCGAGUAUGGCGUUCACUGGAACUUCUUCUUCACGCUGGGUUUCCUGCCGCCGUUUGUUGCCCUCUUCCAGUCCGCGCUCAAGGUUGUGCCUAGCUACGCCGCUCUGGCAAUCAUCCUGAGUGUGCUGUAUCAGGUGGCUCUGGAGAGCACCGACCUCAAGGCUUACAUCCUGACCGCACCGAGGACCGACCUGUUCUCAAAGAACCGAGAGGGUAUCUUCAGCUUCUUCGGCUACCUGGCCAUCUUCCUUGCGGGACAAGAUACAGGAAUGUACGUCUUGCCUAGGAGUCUCAACACCAAAAGCGAUUCCACCCCUGCUACUCAGCGCAAGACGCUUCUCGUGAUGAUGGCCAUUUGGUCUGCUGUGUGGACAGGGCUAUACUUUUUGACCACCAGCAACAGCUACGGCGACGGUCUGAACGUUUCACGUCGCCUCGCAAACCUGCCCUAUGUCCUGUGGACAGCGGCGUUCAACUCGACACAACUUCUAGCCUAUGCCCUAGUGGACACUUUCUGUUUCCCGUCCUUCUACAAUGCGACUGACGCGAAGACCGAGAAGGAGGCGUACCAUACAGCGACCAGCAGGGUAUUCCGCGCCUACAAUCGCAACGGCCUAUUCUUGUUCCUCAUCGCAAACGUCUUGACAGGACUGGUCAACAUGACGGUGCCGACACUGAAUGUUGGACCCAUGGCAACGAUGGGCAUCUUGGUUGCGUACAGUGGAGCAGUCACCGCUAUCGCUCUCGGACUGGACGAAUACAAUAUCUCCAUCAAACUAUAGAUGAUGUCGAAAUAAAAAUUUGAGUUACACGACCCUAAACAUCUCACCCACCAUGUGAUACUGGCUCAGAAAGCCGGCUAGACAAUGUCUCAUCGAGGCACUACAUCAACGCCUGUUCGGACCCCGCAUGUUGUUCGAGGAUGGCCAAGCCGCGAAGCAUCCGAUAAACCUCCAUGGAGACAGGCGGUCGCUGCUGACAAGAGACUUAGGAGCCCGACAAACCCGGAGGAUACGGGCCAUGAAGACGGAGCCACCGGAAAACCGCAGACAGUCAGCUGAGUGAUUAAAGUCUGGCAUCAAAGAAGUUCGCAAAUGGACCUCUCCCCCGAGGCUGAUGAAUUGGACAAAUCAUGCUACAUUCUGGUGGUACGACAGCAAAAAUCUCACUGCCAGCAAGAAAAGCGAAAGCCAUCACCGCGGCGUGGACAAAGCUUCAAAGUUCUCGCAGCUUGGCAACUGCAGUCUGGACAAAGCUUUUUUUUUUUGCAAGACCCUCGGUUGGGUGUGACUUUGGUAUUGCUCCUCGAAUGAGUUGGCCAGGCAUGCGGAUCCCUUGCAUUGACGGGUUUGUCCCUCGAUCCACACCGCCGGGUUUUUCUUUGGAAGUCUUCUAGAAUACUCGGUGAGCUCAGACUGGAAGCCACUGGGACGAGAACAGGGCUGGCUAUGGGCAAGGCGAGGCGGGAGGCAAACAGAAAAAAUCCAACAACAACAAAAUGGGUUACCAAAAACUUGGUCCAAGUCACCGGUUGGUUGGUUCGAGAUCGCCGGGAACCCCGUUUGGACGUAAUUCCGCAUACCGACCAACACCACUUUCGCAUAGUCGAACGCGUGGACUUUUCUCUCCCCUCUCUCGAAUGUGGGUUCCUUCCCGCUUCCCUCUUCUGCCGAGUUAUUACCUACGGACCCUACGGAUACGUACGCUGGUGCGGUCCUGCGGAACACACAUUUGGGUCGGCACACGAAAGAUCACCGGGCAGGAAUCCGAUGUCCGGAUACGGGUGGUUCGUCAACGUGUUUGCUCGGACCGGCCGGGGUCGUCCCUGUUGGCCUUUGGGGGGUUAAUCAUGGAUUGGGCUGCAUGGCCCAAGUUGAAGUUGGGUAAUGGGUUAUUUGAAGAUGGGGAAUUGGGACUGAUACGGGGUUAUGUGAGAUUAAAUAAAGACGCGUCGCGCCUUUUUCGCGAAUUUCCCGAGCCUUUGAUGA